AUGGGCAGUAUUCCAGAAACAGCGCAUUUCUUUUUCGACAUUGAUAACUGCUUAUAUACGCGUGAUUAUCAGGUAGAAGAGCGUAUGUCAGAUCUCAUUAGCUCAUACGUUAAAAACCAACUUGGGAAGUCCCCCGAGGAAACCAAACGCCUUCGCGAAAAGUACAAGGAGGAAUAUUGCGACGACAUUCAGGGUCUUGUGCAUGACUUUCAGAUUAAUGUACUUGACUAUAACUCCAAAGUUGACAAGGCACUUCCGCUUGACGGUCUGAUUAAACCAGACCCAGAGCUUAAGAGACUACUUGAAGACAUUGACACUACAAAGGUUAAACUUUGGAUUUUUACCAAUUCAUAUGUUACCCAUGCAGAGAGAGUUUUGAACUUGCUUGGUGUCGAUGGGUUGUUUGAGGGUUUAACAUACUGCGACUGGCAACAGCAGCCGAUCAUAGCUAAACCACAAGGCGAGAUGUACCAAAAGGCUAUGAAGGAAGCUGGAGUCUCUAACGCCUCCCAAUGUUACUUUAUUGACGACUCAUGGAACAACUGUGCCGCUGCAGAAGAGAUGGGUUGGACAGCUAUUCAUUUUGUUGAAGAGGGACUUUCACUACCAAACAAGCCGGCGUCCAAACAUCACGUGCAGAGGUUUGAAGAGCUGAAGCUGCUUUUUCCUCACUUCUUCAAGCAUGAGCAAUAG